UAAGCGACAGAUGGUGUCCUGUGCGAGGAUAGAUCAGAAGAAGACCUCCUCCCUUCAUCGCUGCUGCUACUGCUACCUCUCCUCCGCUGCGGGCGGCGAUGGUACUACUCUGUGCUUCCACAUCUCCCACUAUCUCCAUUCCCCACCCUCUUCUCUCCCCACUUAAACCCCCCGCCACCUUCCUCUGCCACUCCUCUAAAACCUCGGCUGUGACUGCAAGCAGCCCAACUGCCGACCAGACCCCAUCCUCCUCCUCCCUCUCCGACCAACUCCUCCCUCUCUCCCUCACCCUUCUCACCUCCCAACCCACAUCACCCUCAGCCACCGUUGCCCCUCCUCCUCGGCUUCCUGCAAAGCCCACCUGGACCAAUCCAUCCAAGCCCCGGCCCACCGUCCUCGCCCUCCGCCGCCAACCCCGCCCACCCUUCUCGCACAACCCCUCCCUCCGCCCCCUAACCGCACUCUCCCGCACCCUCCGUCUCUCCCCCGACCUCCCCUCUGCCCUCUCCGCUGCCUUCCCCCCUGGCCAUUCCCCCUCCCGUGACGACGCCCUCCUCCUCCUCAACUCCCUUCGCUCCUGGCAGAAGUCUCUCCAGUUCCUCGACUUCCUCAGGUCCCUCCCCGACUUCCCCCUCGACACCAUUUUCUACAACGUCGUCCUCAAAUCCCUCCGCGCUGGCCACCAGUGGCACCACGUCGAGCGCCUCGCCGGUGAGAUGAUCGACGCCUCCGUCCCGCUUGAUAAUAUCACCUACUCCACCAUCAUCACCGCCGCCAAGCGCUGCCGCCGCUUCGACGGCGCCCUUCGUUGGUUCGAGCGCAUGUACCGCACCGGCCUCAUGCCUGACGAGGUCACCUACUCCGCCGUCCUCGAUGUCUACGCUCGGCUGGGCCACCGGGAGGAGGUCGUUACCCUCUACGAGCGCGCCUGUGCCAGUGGAUGGCGCCCCGACGCCGUCGCCUUCUCGGUGCUCGGCAAGAUGUUCGGGGAGGCGGGCGACUACGAUGGGAUCCGCUACGUGCUCAAGGAGAUGAAGGACCUGGGCGUGAAACCGAACGCCGUGGUCUACAACACCCUGAUCCAGGCGACUGGCAAGGCCGGGAAGCCCGGCCUGGCUAGGAGCCUGUUCGAGGAGAUGGUCGCGGCAGGGCUGUCGCCGAACGAGAAGACGCUCACCUCCCUGAUCAAGAUCUACGGCAAGGCAAGGUGGAGCAGGGACGCGUUGGAGUUGUGGGAGCGGAUGAAGAGCAACAGAUGGCCCAUGGACUUCAUCCUCUACAAUACGUUGCUUAGCAUGUGCGCAGAUCUUGGAUUGGAGGAGGAGGCGGAGAAGCUGUUCGAGGAUAUGCGGCGGCCGGAUCGGUACGCUCGACCGGACAGUUGGAGCUACACGGCGAUGAUCAAUAUAUACGGGAGCGGUGGAAAGCCCGACAGAGCCGUGAAGAUGUUCGAAGAAAUGCUGGAGAAGGGGGUGGAGCUAAACGUGAUGAGCUGCACUUGCUUGAUCCAAUGCCUGGGGAAAGCCAGAAGGAUCGGGGACGCCGUGAGGGUGUUCGAGACGGCAACGGAGAGGGGCAUACGACCCGAUGAUCGGCUGUGCGGGUGCUUGCUCUCGGUCGCAGCUGUGUGUGAAGAAGGGGGGGAGACCGACAUGGUGCUGGGUUGCCUGAAGAAGGCGAACAACAGGCUGGUUGGGCUGCUGAAGAUGCUCCGCGAUGAACAAGUUGGCUUUGGCGAGAUCAAGGACGAGUUCCGAGGGAUAAUGAAUGAGGCUGCCGUCGAAGUGCGCAGACCAUUCUGCAACUGCUUGAUAGAUAUAUGCAGGAAUCAGGGGCAUCCUUCCCGGAGGGCCAACGAGCUUCUGCAUCUGGGAAACCUUUAUGGGUUGUAUCCUGGUUUGCAUGCAAGGAAGUCGGAGGAGUGGUCACUAGACCUUCGAUCGUUGUCGGUGGGCGCAGCUAAAACUGCUUUCGAAGAGUGGAUGAAGAGUUUAUGGGAUUCGGUGGUGGAGGAGGAGGAGGAGGAAGUAUUGCCUUUUUCCUUCUCCGUCUAUACUGGCUCAGGAACUCACAAGUUCUCUCAGGGAUUGGCCAGCUCUUUUACCUCGCAUUUGAACGAAGUGGCUGCACCCUUCCGGCAGGUUGAGGACAAGUGUGGUAGUUUUGUUGCUUCCAAAGAGGAUCUGGUCUCAUGGUUACGGGCCACAUUUUCACCUGCUGCAGUUGUCAAUGCAUAGGGUGAAGUUUUUGUCACGAAUAUAUUAAUUUCUUCUGAUGUUCACGAAUAUAUUAUUGUUAUGUGUUAAAUUUCUUCUGUAUUUCAAAGUUUUUGUCAAUGCUGAUGAAGUUCCCAUGCAAGAA